AAAGAAGGCUGAUGGUAAGGUCAAAGGUCACGCUCUGGGCAUGUACCAGGCCUGCAUGGUGUCUGUAAUACUGAUAGAGGUUGUGUUUGUAUUGAUACAGUCACUACUCUACGGCUUCUGGCUGCGUGUGACCUACAGCUGUUCAAGGUUUCCAUGUUCCCACCAAGUCGACUGUUUUGUUCCUCGUUCGGGGCAAAAGACCAGUUUCCUCUUCAUCAUGUUCAUCACAUCCUGUGUUGUUUUCUGCUGCUGAGCGCCGUGGAGCUGAUCUGUGUGAUGGUGAGGAACAAGCAGCAGCACGGAGCGGACGUCGUUCAGUCGGGGUCAGAGGUCACAGAGGAUCCAAGCUUCCUGGAGCAUCUGCUGAGCCUGUGGCACUGUCACUCCAGCCUCUUAGGUAAAACAAGCCUCCCAGUGUUGCAGCUGAUCCGUGUGGUUAUGGUGGGAGCAGCGGUGCAGCCGGUCUGGGACAAAGAGUUCACAGGAUUUGUUUGUGACACUCAACAACCAGGCUGCACUCACGCUGCAUUCAGUCACAUCUUCUCUUUGUCUUUGCAUCAGUACUGGACUCUGCAGGUGGUUCUGAUUUUGGCUCCUGGUCUGAUUUUUCUUUGCUACUUGGUUCAUGUCAUCAUGCAGAAUAAAAAGUGCGACCAAGGAGCUCAGGUUAAAGGUCACGUCCUCAGGGCUUAUCUGGGUCUCCUGUCAGCAGGUGUUCUGCUGGAGGUGGGAUUUGCUCUGUUUCAGGCUGUAACAUUCGGCUUCUACCUGUCCAACACCUAUAAAUGUGGCAUGAAUCCAUGUCCGGGUCAAGUCGAUUGUUACAUGUCCCAGACAACAGAGAAGUCGUGGUUCAUCGUCAUCAUGUUCACUGUGACGUGUCUGUCAGGCCUGUUUACGCUGAUAGAGCUGUGUGUGGUGCUGAUCAGAGCGAGACCCUGGAACAAACAGCAGAACAACAAGAUCUCAGAGACGUCUGGAUUUCAGAUGGACCUCAAAGAAGAAGGAGCCACUGCAGAGAGCAAUGAAAGCAGCUCUAAACUCAACAUCUGAACUGGGAGGAAGAGAAGGUUGUUGUGAGGAUGAACUCUCAAACCUGUGUGACUCCUUGACACUUGUAAUUUUGUACCUGUAUGAGAUUAUUUUAAUUUUUUUUGUGAUAUGCAAUGUUUUUUGACACAAUAACAAAAUGUACAUUGUCUACAUAUGUGUUGUGGAAAUUUCCCAUAAAGAGGCAGAUGAGAGAGUUGUCUUUUGUGUGAUUUAUUAUAAAAAUAAAGGAA